GCCUUACUUCCAUCUUAUGAUAUUGCUUUUUUUCCUGUUCGAGAUAUAUAUAGUGUCAGUGGUUCUGACUUCGAAACGUGUACUCCAACGAGAACGGCUUCAGUCCGCCCAUGGUGCCUGCCGACACGGUAGCCUACCUGCACAAGAUGUCAUAGUAUGCCCGGCGCAAAAGCAUGUCAGUGGGCAUAAAAGACUACGUGGUAAGCCGUCGGUAUACAUAUAAGCCAGAUUUCAUUCUCAAGGGUUUCAUCUCACCUUAUAUAUACCCCCUUCACAGCAUUCUGUUUGUUGAUUACAUCAUUGCAGCGAGAUCCUUCACGACCUAUUCGCCGCCGUCGACUUCGCCAUAUCUGAAGAAUCCGUGCAAUCCUCAAACUGCAUCGCGUACUCUAAUUUCACGUCCUUCAAGCCCGUCUUCGAGGUCAAAUGCCCCGACUACACCUACAGUGGCCGCUGGACUCCGACAGCGUCGCCCUAGACCCUCAACUGUUCCGCCUUUCGAACAAGAACUUUCCCAAUUUGAAGGAUGAGAAGUUGAGGCAGAAAUUGUGUAACCUGGAGGAGCCGGGCGUGACACUAAUGGGCCCGUAUUUAGGGGAUCAAUAUGGUGAUUAAGACGUUGGAUUUGGAUGGAUGGUUUAUGUUUUUGUGAUGGG